AAUUAUUGUUUGGUCCACAGAGCACGGAAUACUUCUCCGAAAUUGCACAAUAAUAAUCCAUUUUCUCAGGAGAGAGAAAGUUGGUAGCUUUUUAGCAGCAUUAAUUUUAUAUACUUACAUAAAGGAUGAAGAUGCCUUUUUUGUAUAUUUUGCAACUCUGGUAAUGCAUUUGGUCCAAGUUUUCUCAUAGCUCUGAUUUCUUAAUCAACAUCUUAGAGUCAUCAGUCAUGGUGGGAUUACCACAAAUUCUAGUUUUAACCUUUUGUGCUGCUAGCAUCUUUGGCCUUGUUUUGGAAGCUCACGGCGCUCAAUAUCCAAAUGAUUCGGGGACCAAACCUUAUUCUGGUUUUGACAGGAACCAGCCAUACCAACCGCAACCUGCAGCUGCUGAACCUCGUACAGAUCCAGAUGAAGUGACAGCUCUUAGUGAAAUAUUUGAAUAUUGGAGGAUAGUCCCAGAGUUGUCAUCUGUGGAACCAUGCAAGGAGGCGGCCUACAAAUCCUAUAUCACAUGCGACUGUUCUUAUGAUAAUUACUCUUCUUGCCACAUAACUAGUUUGUAUGUUUUCGGCCAAGAUAUUAAUGCUGAAAUCCCAGAAGCACUAUGGAAUUUGACUUUCCUCACCGAUCUAAAUCUAGGAAAAACUUACAUGAGAGGUAAACUGUCGCCAUCCAUUGGCAACCUAAAGCAAAUACAAAACCUGAACCUUGGGGAUAAUGCAUUAUCAGGGGAGCUUCCGAAGGAACUUGGAAAUCUUACUGAUUUAAGACGAUUGUUUUUGGGGCCAAACAACUUCACUGGUUCUCUACCAGCUGAACUUGGGAAUUUAAUGAAAUUAGACUUAAUAUACAUUGAUAGUUGUGGAUUUCGCGGGGAGAUUCCUUCAACAUUUUCCAAUUUAAAAAACCUUCAGUUUGUGUGGGCAUCAGACAAUGAACUCACAGGCAGAAUACCAGAAUUCAUAGGGAAUUGGUCAUCGCUUAUUUUUUUGAGGCUUGAAGGAAACUCUUUUGAAGGUCCAAUACCGUCAACGUUUUCCAAUUUGACCUCUAUGAGACACUUGAUGAUAAGCGAUGUGUCUAAUGGGGGUUCUUCACUGGCAUUUAUGAAAGAUAUGAAGUCGAUAAGUGUCUUAUAUUUGAGGAAUAACAACAUUUCUGAUUCAAUUCCAUUGAAUAUUGGGGGAUACCAAAAUUUGAGACAGUUGGAUUUGAGCUUCAACAGUAUAAAAGGAAAAAUUCCAGACUCUCUUUUCCUAAUGAGUUCUCUCACUCACUUGUCUCUUGGAAACAAUAAGUUAGAUGGCACUCUGCCUACUCGAAAAAAUCGGUCUCUCAUCUACAUUGAUUUGUCUUACAAUUAUCUGCUGGGAGACCGUCCUUCUUGGGUCAACGAAACAAAUUUACGACUUAAUUUAGUUGGCAACUAUUUCACAACAGAGAGUCCAGGCAUAAGUGCUUUUCCUUCAGGAUUGAAUUGUCUUCAACGGAGCUUUCCUUGCAAUCGAGGCUCUGGAAUUUAUUCUGAGUUUGCAAUUAAGUGUGGUGGUCCUCAGAUUACUUCAUCUACUGGGAUUAUAUAUGAGAGGGAUAAUGACAGCCUUAAUGAAACUACAUAUUAUGUGACUAACACAAGAAAGUGGGCAGUUACCAAUGCUGGAUAUUUUACGGGGGGAACAGAGGUCUACACUACUCUAUAUCAAUACAACAGUUCGAAUAAUUCUGAAUUCACAAAUACUUUAGAUUCAAAGUUAUUCCAGACAGCUCGACUCUCUCCUUCAUCAUUAAGAUACUAUGGUUUGGGACUUAAGAAUGGCAACUACAAUGUUACUCUCCAGUUUGCAGAAAUAGCUUUUCCAAGCUCUGCUACGUGGAGAAGUCUUGGGAGGCGUGUUUUUGAUAUCUAUAUCCAGGGGGAUCUUGUUUUAAAGGAUUUUGACAUAAAAAGAGAGGCCGAUGGACUCUCUUUCCGGGCUGUUCAGAAGGACUUUAAGGUUCUGGUAUCAGAAAACUACCUUGAAAUCCAUCUAUUUUGGGCAGGAAAAGGAACAUGCUGCAUACCUGAAAUAGGUACUUAUGGACCUUCUAUUUCAGCCAUCAGUGCUACGCCAGCCCCAGAUUUUUUACUCAAUGUUGGUAAGAAACCUUCGGGCAACAAGAAGAAUAAGAUUGGUCUUAUUGUGGCUAUAUUUGUUGGUGCUGUUGGAGUAUUAAGCUUUCUGUUUGUUUUCGUGGUUUUCUUCAACACCAGAAGAAGAAAAAAUCUUCAAACCAAUGAUUAUGAUGAUCUCUUAGGACUAGAUGCUAGACCAUUCACUUUCAGCUACGCUGAACUAAAGAUAGCUACAAAUGAUUUUAUUCCUGCUAACAAGCUUGGAGAGGGAGGAUUUGGUAUUGUCUAUAAGGGAACACUUAAUGAUGGAAGAGUAGUUGCUGUGAAGCAACUGUCUGCUGCAUCACACCAAGGAAAGAACCAGUUUGUUACUGAAAUUGCUAUUAUAUCUGCUGUGCAACACCGAAACCUCGUGAAAUUGUAUGGAUGUUGUGUUGAGGCAAAUAAACGACUCCUUGUUUAUGAGUAUCUAGAGAACAAAAGCCUUGAUCAAGCAUUAUUUGGGGAAAGAAGUUUGAAUCUAAAUUGGUCAACACGCUAUGCUAUAUGCUUGGGUGUAGCAAGAGGUUUAGCUUACCUUCAUGAGGAGUCACGACCUCGAAUUGUACAUAGAGAUGUGAAAGCCAGUAAUAUCUUGCUUGAUUCUGAUCUCAUCCCCAAAAUAUCAGACUUUGGCUUGGCCAAGUUAUAUGAUGAUAACAAGAGUCACAUAAGCACCGGCCUUGCAGGGACCAUUGGAUAUCUUGCACCGGAAUAUGCCAUGCGUGGACACCUUACAGAGAAGACCGAUGUGUUUGCCUUUGGCAUUGUGGCUCUAGAGAUUGUUAGUGGGAGGCUAAAUUCAGACUCAAGCUUAGAAGAAGAAAAGACAUAUCUUCUUGAAUGGGCUUGGCAACUACAUGAAAACAACUGUGAAGUCGAUCUUGUGGAUGCUAAAUUGUCAGAAUUCAAUGAGGAGGAAGUAAAACGAGUGAUGGGAGUAUCCUUUUUAUGCACGCAAACAUCCCCUACAUUACGGCCAUCAAUGUCACGAGUGGUGGCAAUGCUUUUAGGAGAUAUUGAAGUGAGCACCGUAACCUCAAAGCCUGGAUAUCUGACUGACUGGAAAUUUAAUGAAACAACAAGCUUAAGAAAUGAUGUUGCAGCUAGAGGAACCGUUAGCAUCUAUUACGACCAUUCAGAAAGUACAAGCAUGGUGGGUUUCGUAGAUAAUUUACCUGCUAGUUCUUCUAAAACCAUGCUUGGUAAGGCUAUCAAAGAGGGUAGAUGAGAAUUAGUCUGUACUUUUCUUCCUCAUUUUCAAUUUCUGAUUACAUAAAUAGAAUCAGAGGUAAUUGUUUGAAAUUUUCUCUCUUAUGUUUGAUACCUUAAUUUAUUAUCUGUCACACAAUAGGAGUGGAGUUUGUAUCAAGCUGUGACUAAAACAGCACUCAAAUAAAAGGCACUACUGAAGAGGCCUUUCAAAUAUUUCACAAAGGAUAUUUUUUUUUUUUUUUUUUUGGCCUUAGGUCUACCUUGUUCA